GAUGGUAGAAAAAUGGCAAGUGAGGGUGCUGUCAUGGCGGGUGUGCUGAAGAAGACCACUGGCCUUGUGGGAUUGGCUGUGUGCAAUACUCCACACGAGAGGCUAAGAAUACUGUACACAAAGAUUCUUGAUGUUCUUGAGGAUAUCCCUAAAAAUGCAGCAUAUAGAAAAUAUACAGAACAGAUUAUAAAUGAGAAGCUGGCUAUGGUUAAAGCGGAACCAGAUGUUCAAAAAUUAGAAGACCAACUUCAAGGUGGUCAAUUAGAAGAGGUGAUUCUUCAGGCUGAAAAUGAACUAAGUCUGGCAAGAAAAAUGGUGCAAGGCUGGGCGCGGUGGCUCAAGCCUGAUGGAAGGUGUCCGGAAUCACAUCCCAGGCCCCUGAUUCCCAUGUGUCAAGGCUUCCAGCCCCUCAAAGCGUUGGAAUAA